CCAAUGUGUCAACCCGGCCUGUGAGGCGCGGCUGCGCAGUGACGCGCGGCGCCAAACGGAGCGGGCUGCGGGGGGAGGAGGGGCCCUGGCGGAGACUCGUGGCUCCUGCCUCUGUUUACAAGCCUUGUACUCUUUUAAUGUCAGCCUGCUCCUUUUCCCCGUCAAACUGGAGAGAGAGAGAGAGAGAGAGAGAGAGAUAGUCAGAACGGAACGGCAGAGCUCCUUCUCCCCUUCAGACAGAAAGAGAGAUAGUCAGAACGGAACGGCAGAGCUCAGAGGACACACGGAGCCGCUCUCGAUACAAACUACAGCAUGGCUCGGCGACCGAGACACAGUGUGUACAGUAGUGAGGAAGAUGAUGAUGACAGUGAGAUGUAUGAACAUGACUAUGAUGGACCGCUGCCGAAGUCAAGCAAACGCCAUCUAGGCAAGACACGCUGGACACGAGAAGAGGAUGAGAAGCUGAAGAAGUUAGUAGAACAUCAUGGAUCAGAAGACUGGAAGAUCAUCACUAGUUUCCUACCUAACCGGACAGACGUUCAGUGUCAGCACCGCUGGCAGAAGGUUCUCAACCCAGAGCUCAUCAAAGGACCCUGGACCAAGGAGGAGGACCAGAGAGUUAUCGAGCUAGUCCAGAAGUAUGGAGCCAAGCGUUGGUCCGUAAUCGCCAAGCACCUGAAGGGUCGAAUAGGGAAGCAGUGCAGAGAGCGCUGGCACAACCACCUGAACCCUGAGGUGAAGAAGACUUCCUGGACCGAGGAAGAGGAUCAGAUCAUCUACCAGGCCCACGAGAAACUGGGCAACCGCUGGGCCGAGAUCGCCAAACUGCUGCCUGGCAGGACUGAUAAUGCCAUUAAGAACCACUGGAACUCUACGAUGCGUAGGAAGGUGGAGCAGGAAGGUUACCUUCAGCACGCCGCCGCCAAGUCUGGCCACGCAUCCCUCGCCGUCUCUCCCGGUUACGCCAAGGCCAACAACCACAUCAUGAGCUUCUCUCACCACUCCCCUCUCCCGCCUCUCUCACCUUUCACAGGGAACCACUCCUAUAUUUCGGACCACAGGGUGCCCUUCCCCCGAGGGCUCCACGUCAACAUCCUGAACAUUCCACAGCACGGAACAGCUGCUAUACAGAGACAUUAUAGUGAGGAGGACCCAGAAAAGGAGAAGAGAGUGAAGGAGAUUGAGCUGCUGCUGAUGUCAACAGAGAAUGAGCUGAGGGGACAGCCUGCACUACCUAUCAACCCGUACUCCAGCUGGGCAGGUAGUGACAGCUCAGAAGGCGUGACCACAUCGUGCCAUCACCACCAGUCCGCCGGCCCCUGCCUCCCCGAGGAGAGCGCCUCGUCCUCACGCAGCAACAACAGCAACAAUAACAACAACAACAACAACAACAGCAGCAACAACAACAACAGUCACCAUGGCAGCCACACCCUCUCCAAUAUCCCGGAGUUCAUGGAGUCAGUCAUCGACUCGUUUCUCAACCAAUCGGCGAGCCCGGAAAGCUCAGACAGCAACAGCCUACCAAUGAGCUCCCAGAAACCCCUGCUGGCCACGCCUCUACACCGAGACCACACCCCCCGACCCCAGAAAAAGAAUGACAUGUUCAGGACUCCUACUGUCCGGCGUUCCCUCCUGGAGUUGUCUCCUCGUACUCCGACCCCCUUCAGGUCUUCCAUGGUAGAGUGUAUAAAACAGGAACCUAUGGAGUGUGUUGUCUCUGUCGGGGACCAACAGCCAACCCUAAAGAAGAUCAAACAAGAGGUGGAGUCUCCCUGUCUGCAGUGGAAGGGGUCAGACCUCCCUACCCAGCUCUUCUCCCCCUCUGGCCCCAUCCAGGAAGUACCUGAUCUGCUGACACGUUCUGUGCUGAGUGAUGACAAACCCUACCACCUCUCCCUCCGGCCCCUGGCCAGCCCACUACAGCAGCUCAACACAUGGGACCAAGUGGCUUGUGGGAAGGUGGAGGAUCAAGAACAGAACCACAAAUACAUCCACAGUUACUCUGCCAGAACCUUGGUUAUGUAACACACACACACACAGACACAGACACAGACACACACACACACACACACACACACACACACACACACACACACACACACACACUGGAUACAACGGAUCAAAGACCUUGUGUUUAUUUCUAUUUCAACUUUAUUUUGUAGAUUCUGUUUUUUUAUGCUUUGUUGUUUUAUAAAACAGGGAGAAAAUGAUGUGCCUAUAAUUCAAUAAUAAUUGGGCUGUAUUCUUGAUAAUCCUAGGUUGUAAUAUAAAGAACAAGUUGAUUAAUUUAUUUUGUUUUGUUUUGACGAAGACUGUUUUUUUUUAUACAACCGGCCAAUCGAGCAGUGUUUGACUUCAGUAUUUGAACCUUGACCCCUGACCCUUAACCCUUGACCCCUAACCCCAGGCCCUAGCAUUAUAACGGGUUAAAGUUUUUUUUUUUAAGUGCAAAAAAGAUUAUUAUGAAACUAAUUUAACGACCCCCUCUGUAUUUCAGUCAUAAUACACUUAGAGUCCGAGGAGAGGCCUUUACAAAACAUCAUAAUGCCUUAUAAUGCCUAUAGGAGUGUUAACAUUUUACUGCUAGACAUUACAUCUUAUGUCAGCUCCUAUGUCAACCUUAUGAAUGGUUAUGAAUGAUCAUAUGAUGCUCUUAGUUUCCUAUCUUGUCUAUCUACCGUAGCAUCAUAGGGGAAACGUUUCCAUUGAACAAAAUGUAUUAUUAUUAUAAUGUUAUCACUUUUGUCCUAAAGUCUUUUACACUGAGUUUACUACAGAUGCAUCAAACUAUGACCCAGUCCCAAAUCGACCCCUAGACCCUACGGCCUAUGAUCGACCUCUAGACCCUACGGCCUAUGAUCGGCCUAUGAUCGACCCCUAGACCCUACGGCCUGUGAUCGACCCCUAGACCCUACGGCCUAUGAUUGACCCCUAGACCCUACGGCCUAUGAUCGACCCCUAGACCCUACGGCCUAUGAUCGACCCCUAGACCCUACGGCCUAUGAUCGAUCCCUAGACCCUACGGCCUAUGAUCGACCCCUAGACCCUACGGCCUGUGAUCGACCCCUAGACCCUACGGCCUAUGAUCGACCCCUAGACCCUACGGCCUAUCAUCGACCCCUACGACCUAUGAUCGACCCUACGGCCUAUGAUCAACCCCUAGAUCCUACUUCCUUGUGGAGAUUUGAGAUGAUUUGACAGAUGUAAGCAAUAUGGUAAUAGUUAGUUGAUUAGACCCGUCCAAUCUUCUCAGAUCUCCACAAGGGCAAAGGGCAAAGGGUUCUAUGGGUCAAUUGAAGAGUGGGCCUACGAGCUGAACCCAGUAACAUGUUUUAAAGCUGCACUUGAUCGAGAACGCUGUUAUUUUUUUAGAUAUUGAUAAGAUUACUGCAAACGUGGGCCCACAGAAUAUCAAGGUUUUGGUAAAAAGCCCGCUGUGUUUCAGAAAAGAUAACUUUUGAUACUUUGUCUGUUUUGUUGUUGUUGUUGUUGUUGUUUUUUUCUACCGUCUUUGUAAUCUAACGCCACGAUACUAAACCAUGUCGUGUGUAUCAGAUCCAAUAACACUCAGCAGUGUUCUCUCUUAUCUUCGUUGAUACCCUUUUUACAUUUUUAUAAAAGCAUUUCCACAGGACACGUUUUUAUGUGUUUUUUAAAAACUUUUUCAAUAAAGUCUUUUUUAAAAAUCA